UCAUAGACUUGGGGCAACUGUAUUAUCAUAACUUGAAUAUGUAGUUAUGAAAGAGAAAUUAAAUUGGGAAAAGAAGCAUGCUUCUAAACUUUUCGAGUGCUGAAGAGAAUAAUUUAGUCUUAUAUGAAGCAGAUGUUGGUGUAUAUUGUAAUGGACCUUACAGUUUCUGUGAAGCAUGCCUGAAAAGUAAUGGAUACACGAAUAGAGUAAGGUUUGCUUUGCGUCAUUGCAUGUACUGCGAAUUUUUGAAUUUCCCCAUUGUGCUUUAUGACCAUUGUGUAGUUUCAGUAUAUGCAAUGAGAAAUAAAGAUUCCCUCAAAACCAAUAAUCAUAUAUUCAUGCCUCAUGAUGGUAGCAGUAUUGGCUAAAUGUGUAGUUUCACCUUAUGUAAAAUGCGAAGGGACAAGUCAACUUACAUGGGAUCACCCUCCAUACCCAAACGUUCUCUUAUGAGUUGUAUUCUAGAAUCUUCUAAAUUACAUCUUAUUUUUAUGAUUGGUGCCGGCUAGUCUUGUCAUUAUAGGAUGUAAUUUAGAAGUUGUGAAUCUGUUUUGUAAAGGGCAGAAGAUGGCCCUUGUUUCCCAGACUGGUCCAUCACAUUCCAUACGCACUGAAAUAGUCAGAUAUAAAGCUGGGAAAAUGGUAGUAGUUAGCAUGACAUACCAUAUGAAGGCAUCGAAGAUGAAGGAACUUUGUGGCGGUUUCUUGUCCUCAUCAUGUAAUUCUUCCAAGAAGGAACAGAUUUUGUGCAUAAAUGAUUCUGGAUUUAGAUGCAAUCGAGGUCAUCGCAUUAUUGUUGCUGCAAGUCCUCCUGCUGAGGAUGCUGUAAUUGCUAGAGGGCCGUUGACAAAAGAAGAUCUUGUAGAUUACCUUGCCUCUGGAUGUAAGCCUAAGGAAAAAUGGAGAAUAGGAACAGAACAUGAGAAGUUUGGUUUUGAGUUUGGUACUCUACGCCCUAUUACAUAUGAACAAAUAGAAGAGUUGCUGAAUGGGAUUGCUGAGAGAUUUGAUUGGGAGAAGAUAAAGGAAGGUGACUACAUUAUAGGACUUAAACAGGGAAAGCAAAGCAUAUCAUUGGAGCCUGGGGGUCAGUUUGAGCUUAGUGGAGCACCUCUUGAAACUUUGCAUCAGACAUGUGCCGAAGUUAAUUCACACCUUUAUCAGGUUAAAGCUGUUGCUGAGGAAAUGGGAAUUGGAUUUCUAGGAAUUGGUUUCCAGCCGAAGUGGGCACUGAAAGACAUACCUAUAAUGCCCAAGGGAAGAUACCACAUUAUGAGAAAUUACAUGCCCAAAGUUGGGACACUUGGACUAGAUAUGAUGUUUAGGACAUGCACUGUACAGGUUAAUCUGGACUUCAUUUCUGAAGCUGACAUGAUCAGGAAAUUUCGUGCUGGUCUUGCUUUGCAGCCUAUAGCAACAGCUCUAUUUGCAAAUUCACCUUUCAUGGAGGGAAAGCCAAAUGGUUAUCUCAGCAUGAGGAGCCACAUUUGGACUGAUACUGAUAAUAAUCGAACUGGCAUGCUUCCUUUUGUUUUCGAUGACUCCUUUGGGUUUGAGCAGUAUGUUGAUUAUGCUCUUGAUGUUCCAAUGUAUUUCGUGUACCGGAAAAAGAAGUAUAUCGACUGUACUGGAAUGACUUUCCGGGACUUUAUGGCCGGGAAACUUCCUUGUAUUCCAGGUGAAUUGCCAACACUCAAUGAUUGGGAGAAUCAUUUGACAACAAUAUUUCCUGAGGUCAGGCUGAAGAGGUACUUGGAGAUGAGGGGUGCUGAUGGAGGGCCAUGGAGGAGGUUAUGUGCUUUGCCUGCAUUUUGGGUAGGUAUAUUAUACGAUGAGGUUUCACUGCAAAAGGUUCUAGACAUGACAGUCGAUUGGACUGCAGAAGAAAGGCAGAUGCUGAGGAAUAAGGUUCCAAAGAGUGGUUUAAAGACACCUUUUAGGGAUGGGUUACUGAGGCAUGUUGCUGAAGAUGUUGUACAGUGGGCAAGGGAUGGCUUGGAAAGGAGAGGCUUCAAGGAAUCAGGUUUCUUGAAUGAGGUAACCGAAGUAGGUAGAACAGGUGUAACGCCUGCUGAGAAACUUUUGGAGUUGUAUCACGGGAAAUGGAGACAGACUGUAGAUCCUGUUUUUGAGGAGCUACUCUACCGAGGUGAAUCAGAUUCUUGUGGGACUGGUGGGUUCUUUUGUGUAUAAAACCUUUCUUGAAUUCUUGUGUGUAAACCUGAUUUGUAUUUCAAGCUGGCUUUAGUUUGUGGUUUUAUACUUAACAUCUCAUGUAACUCUCAUAGAAUGAACCAGAUCAACACUGGUCAUCUUGUCUCACGAAUGCUUACAAGUUGUUGACACCUGUUAAUUGAGAGAGGUUAAUCCGAACACCCAAAAUAGCAACUA